ACAAAAAAGAGUACAUACUAGACAAGGACAUGCCAGAGGUUGAGGAAAAAAUGGAGGAGGAUAAAGACGACGAGGAAUCGAGUCAACCACACAUUUGUGCAAGACUGGUAUCGUUUGCGAAGCUGUUCAUUCAAUGUGGCAGUGUGGCGUCGUUUGCCAAGCGGUGUCCGAUUUGUUCCCCCAUUGUGUGUUGCGACUGGUUUCUUCUGCGUUGCGUUUGACGUUUGCAACAUUUUACAACGAUUUGGUUAUAUUAUAAGUGUAGUUAUUUUGUGUUGUUUCUGUUUAUUUAUUAAUUUUUCUGAUGUUGUUUGAGUUUCGAUUCGGAGUUCCAGCGAAGAAAAAGGGCUUGUUUGAUUCAGCUCAAUCAGCAUCCAUGAUCCUGAAAUUGCAUUCUGGCUCCUUCUACUGGCAGCUAUUGUGAUUGGUGCAGGAGAGCGCGUUGUGACGAAAUUAGAGGGAGAAAGGGCCUUUAGAGAUCUUUAGAGUGUGGUUUCUCAAUCGAUGCUCUUUCUCUUUCUUUGUGAUUCCAGAUGACCAACGAAGCUGAGUCUUUUGGCCUGCGACACCACCCCAGUGGCCGGAACUGCUCUUUUUGGAGUGGCUGCUCGUCCCUGUUUGACCCUGUUUGUUUUGAGUUGUACUUUGAGCCAAUCUUUGCCCAGUGGACACAGCAGUAAAGACUCAACAGCCAACGGCGUGGUUGAAAGAUAAUGGCUUUGAUGACCUUGUGACUUGUGACUGUUGCAUACUUUGCAGUUGAAUUGUGCACGAGUCUUUGAACUGCCAAGGUGCACAAGACCGCGCCCUUAAUCCACCUUAACCCCAUGAAAGAUUUGUCCUUUCUUUGCAUACACGCUUCCCCACUAAAAGUGAUGGUGGCAGCAGUUGACGCAAGAUGAGGAGGGUCUUAUCAAAUGGCCACCGAUUAAAAUACUGUCGUGUAGAGCCCUGUAGAGCUAAGAAGCACAAGUGCGAACGAUGUGCUGAGCCACCACAGUGGCCGCCCAUGUAUUUCCUCAGGAAAUGGGUUUCAAUUUGUUCAGAGGAGCCAUUUGAUAGAUGGUUUCUUUCAUGUGCUCAUUUGUGACCAGAAAGUUGGAGUUGUUCCGGGCUUGUGGUCUUUUGCUGAGGAAUUAAUAUCAGCAGACCUACUGUACCUUAUGUGUGCGUAGAGGAACAGAGCGGCAUACUCAAAGCCCCCAAGCCCCAGUUGUUCUCAAAGGCCAAACAGCCAAUGAUCACACACGAGUUCACCAGCGUCCAAUAUCAACCAGAGGCAGAGGGAAAGGAGAGGGAAACAGAUGAGGCACAGGCCGACGACAUGGACCAGAAAGAUAACAUUCCAGAAGAGAAGGAGGAGAAAGAGGCGGAGGAGAGAAUGGAUGAUGAUAAAGCCACCGAGGCAGAAGGAAAGGAGGAGGAAAAGACGGGCGAGGUCGAGGAAAUUGACAGAAAAGAAAGCCUUCCCGAAAAUGAGGAGGUCGAUGAGGGAGCGGGUGAUGACAAAGAGAACGAGGCAGAAGGAAAGGAGGAAAGGCAAAUGGAUGAGGCCGAUGGAAUGGACGAAAAAAUGGACGUUCCAGAGGACAAAGAGGGGGAGUGAGAUGUUUGCUCAUGCGAGACACAUGAGAGCCAAUCCGC